AUGGAGGUUGCCCUCACCAAGCCUCAUGGGAGUCCGUCAUCGGCACUUUUGCGUGAGGACGGGAGCGGGGCCGGCGGACAGGUGGCUAGCAGCCGGCUGACCCCAUGGCGACGGUGGCGUGGCCACAUCCUGGUAGGCCUCCUGGUCAUGGUCCUCCUCGCUGCAGGCACUGCGGGCAUUGCUGCUCUGGUCUCGGCGGCAAAGAACAAGAAGAAUGAUGCUGGUCAUGGUGCUGAUCCUGGGCCAGCUCCGGCUGAGCCGCUCGCUCGCGCCCGCUUUCUCAUGCGCCACACUCCGCUCCUCGACGCCCACAACGAUCUGCCGUGGGAGAUCCGCAACAAGGCCAAGCUCGACGUCAACGCUGUCGAUCUUACCGUCACCUCGCCGGCGUAUCAGACAGACAUUCCGCGCAUGCGGGAGGGCGAGCUUGGCGCUCAGCUGUGGUCCGUCUACACCGCCUGCGCCUCGCAGUACAAGGACGCUGUCCGCCAGACCCUCGAGGCCAUCGACACCGUCAACGCCCUUGCCCGCAAAUACCCGGAGACUCUGGCCAUGGCUAGCAACGCUGCAGAGGUCAGCUCGCUCUUUGCUCGCGGCCACAUCGCCUCGCUCAUGGGCAUGGAGGGCGGCCACCAGAUCGACUCGUCGGUCAUGGCCCUACGCCAGUUUCACGCCCUCGGCGUCCGCUACAUGACCCUCACUCACAACUGCAACGCAGGCGAUCCUGCCGCGCCGUGGGCCGGCUCGUGCUGCCCCAUCUCUGGGCCGACCAACGUCGGCCUCUCCGAGUUUGGCCGCAACGUCGUCGCCGAGAUGAACCGCAUGGGCAUGAUGGUCGACCUCUCCCAUACCUCAGUCGAGACCAUGUCGGACGCCCUAGAUGUCACUCGUGCUCCGCCCAUCUUCUCGCACUCGAACGCCCGCGCCCUCUGCGACGUGCCGCGCAACCGCCCCGAGGGCGGCGGCGUCGUCUGCGUCACCUUUGUCCCGGGCUUCCUCGUCCCCGGCGGCGUCAACGCCUCGCUCUCCAACGUCGUCGACCACAUCAUGUACAUCGGCAACCGCAUUGGCUACGACCAUGUCUGCAUUGGCUCCGACUUUGACGGCGUCGAGACUCUGCCGGCCGGCCUCGCCACCCCGGCAGACUACCCGGAUCUCUUCGCCGAGCUCAUCCGCCGCGGCGUCUCUGACGACAACAUCAACGCCAUCCUCUCGGGCAACCUUCUCCGCGUCCUUGCUGCCACCGAGCGCCGGCGUCGUACCAGCUGA